AAGAUUUCAAACAUGGCCGGGGUAGCUUCAGCAGGACCUUCUGGUCUCACUGAUCCUUCUGCAACUUUCGAAAAGAUGCAAGAACUACUCAAAGCGAAGGAUGAUACAUCUAGAUUCGUUGGCCUUGCUCUUCUCAAGAGUGUUCUCGACAAUGGGCAGCUAGUGCAAGAUCCGGUUCGCAUACAUGUACUUUGGGAAGCUCUGUCUCCGAAGUUUUUGGAUCGACUACUUCGAGCUCAACAGAAUGACAAUGUCAGCAAAACGGAGGCGAAAGACAUGGUCGAUCUUGCUGUUGCUGUUCUUCAUACCUUCACCGUCCUCUUGCCUGAGAACUCUUUGAGAGACAAACGAAUUAUUGGAAGGAUAAACCCCUUGAUCAAAGCUUUAGUUCAAAGCUCUUCGGAAACUACAAAACUGAUUCUCCAGACCAUAUUGACACUUGCAAGCCAUCCGGAAGGAGCAUUGGAGAUCCUGCACGUUGAUGAUCUCUCUCCAUUGAUAGAAAUUGCCACCCAAUAUUCUCGUGUACUCGACAUUUUCGGCUACACUUGGAUGAAUGCGUCUACCAUUAGUAAUGAGGUGGCAUCAGUUCGAGAGAACAUUGACAAGGUCAUUCCAGCUUUGCUCCUUGUGUUUCGUCAAACUGAUGCAGUCACGUUACUUGAGUUUCUCGGUAACUUCGUUCCCAAAAUUGUACUCGAAGCAAUUUCUCCCAAUCCCAGUUGGCUCGUUCCACUCGUCUCAAGCCUCCGCAAGCUUGUCUCUCGCAAACCGACAGCAGCUGGCCGAGCAGCUUACACCAGACUAGCAGCCGCAUUACUUCAAGCGUUCCCAGUACAAUGUCCAAUCCUACUUUUCAAAGACGACAUCUCGGCAAAUUCUGACAACAAGCCCUUCUCGUACCUUUUCGUUAACCUGUUGCUUAUAGAUUUACGCUCCUCAUUUCCAUCACUGCUGGCUCAACUCAACAGUACCGAUUAUUCAUCUAUUUCACAGCGGCUAGCAGCGGCAUUUGACAUUAUUUCAAGCUUCAUAGGCUUCCUUGUCAGGAGCCUAGAUGACGAGACGGGAGUUCCAUCAUUUAGCAUGCCACCGGAUCUUUUGCUGAAGUUACGGAAAGACAUCGCAGAAACCAUGUCACUGACAAUCGAAUAUCUUCGGGACAGGUGGGACGCAUCCAUUGCUGGGGCUUCUGGACUACAUCCAUCGGCACGAAGCGGUACAUCUGCUACUUCAGAGGGCACACGACUCACUUUGACUUGGGAAUCUAUGAAAGAUGAUGUCACGGCUGACCCAUUAAUUCUAGCUGGAAUCAGAGCUCUCGCAAUCUGGAUCCGCGAAGACGAGAACGAAAAUCUACGCAGCGAAAGCGCAGGCUUAAUGGAUAUGUUCAUAGAGCUUUACAAGGCCAGUUCAUUCGGCGCUCUUGACUUUCGCUACCCAGUGUUGCUUGCCUUGGAAGUCAUUCUGGCAUCCGAAGAUGGCACGGAAGGAUUUCUCGGUCAAGAUGGAUGGGUGGUUGUUUUCGAAGAUCUUCGAUCGAUCCUCAAAAGUAUAUCGGAGUCAAACAGCGUCAACGACGCGGCUACUCUAGCACAUGCUGCUCUUGGACUCGAGAUUGUUCGUGCUUUACUUGCUGUCGUUGAUCAUCCCUCCACAUCUCUCCCACAGGAAAAUUGGAUGGAGACCAUCAAAGUCACGGCAUCUAUGAAGCCUUGUGCUACUCCGCCCCCAUCAUUGAUUCUGGAACUGCAAAUUGCAGCUCUUCAGCUCUCAACGGCACUACUUUCAAAGGCGGCUGGGGGAGUACAGAAAAGAUAUGUCACCAGUAUUUCAGCGCUGUCAGGGCUGGUAAACCAGUUACAAUCCCUAACGAAGGGUCUAAGCAAUGAAACCGACAAAGUCGAAUUCACGGAUUCGUUAGAGGACGUUUCUCUGGAACUAGACAACCUGCGGAUUACUCGAUAA